AUGGUGCCCGAGGAGGAACUGCCAGUCCUCGAAUCUCUCGUCCACAUCCGCAACCGCCUCACCGCUCUCAAGAAGGACCGCACCGAGUACAUUCGCGCGAAGGAUGUUCUCGCGAUCUACGGGUCGCUCAUGAGCGAAGUCACUCGCUUGAACGAGAUCCGCGCGCGGCCCAAACCGUCGACGAGCGGUGAGGGAGCAAAAGAUGAACCUGUGGAGGUCGAGGAGAACCGGGUCGACACGAUCCUGAACGACGUCUUCCAGCUUCUCUCGCUCUUCUUCCUCCGCAUCGGCAAGUCGAGGGAGAGCCCGGCAGCGUUCUGCCAGUUGGGAACCAUGAAGAGGCUGCUGACUCACCUCAACGAGAGUGGCAUCUACACCGAAGCCGACCUCAAGCCGUACCAGUCCCGCCUCGCCGAGCUCAAGGAGAUCAUCAACGAGGGCCGCACUCCCUUGCAAGGCUCAGGCGACCCUACCGAGAUGGAGCACGACGCAGCGAUGAACAAGCUCCUCCUGCACAAGUGGGACGUCUGCGAUCGCCUCGUCAAGAAGCUCGCCUCGUCGCUCUCGUCUCUGAGCGUCGAGCUCUACCCGAUCCACCAACGCCUCAUCACCCUCCGCCGCUCUCUCGCUUCCAUCGCCGCCCGCCCCCGUCCCUCCAUCAACGACGUCCAGCCCAUCCUCGCCGAACUCCGCACGAUCGAAGACAAGCGCAAGGACGGCAAGUUCGUCGUCGAGAAACCGCCUGCCGGGUCGGGCGACUUCUUUGCGCCUGAGAAGGGUCAGGAGUUGCUCGCUGGGUUGCUGCAGGACAACUUUGAUAUCUGCGAAGAUAUCAAGGCGAGGGAGGGAGAGGAUCAGGUCGCGAGGGGUCCGUUGCAGCCCAUCUACGACAGGCUGAGCGAGAUCAGGGCGCAGCUCGAGAGGCUGGUUCUGACGCAUAGGUGGACGCUGAGGGAGACGGACUUGUACAACUACCAGAACGAGCUUGCGAGGGUUGAUGCGCUGCGGGUGGACGGGAAGUUCCGAGACGCGGACGGGAAUGUGCCGGAGGGUCAACUGGUGCUGCUCUACCUCCUGCGACGGUGUUACGGUCUGUGCUACCGCCUGAUGGUGUCGAGCGAACCGGUUUCGGAGGAGCUCAUGCCAAUCGCCAACAAACUCAACACAAUCAAGCGGUGUCUGAUCGAGGUCGCCAAGCAGGGCGGACCAUUCACGGCGCGCGACCUCUACCCGUUCCAGCUCGCGCUCUACCAGAUCGACUCGCUUCGCAAGGACGGCAAGUUCGAAGGACGGGACGGCUCUAUCCCUGAGGGUCAGGCGAUACUCAACGCGUUGUUGUCGGAGACGCAUGAGCUUGUGUCCAUGUUGCAGGAGGAGCAGGAGUAG